AAAAUACCGAGAAUUUCAAUAUACAACAAGUUGUAUUCAGAUAAAAAAUCGACCAUGAAAUCGUUGACAUCAGCAUCAUCUUCAUCAUCAUCAUCCCAACCAUCAGCAAUAAUCAACAUGAAUGUUGAUACAAGAAAAGGAUUAAAAUUAUUAAAUACUAAUCAAUUCAAUAUGGAUUCUGUUCAACAAUCAAUUGUCAAUGUUAAUUCAAUUAAACAAAAUGAGAAAUUGCAUGAAUUGAAUACAACACAACAACAAAGAAAUCAUUUACAAAAUGGAACAAAUACUGUUCCCUCCAUAAAUAAUUAUUGGCGACCAUGGGAAGAUGAUGGAAUAUAA